CGCCCGGUCUCACCCGGGCCCGCGUCCACCGCGCCAUCUCGGCAUCCCGCGCACCGUCCGGCUCGGGCGUCCUCACCGGCCCCGGAGCUCUUCGCCUCCACCUCCGCCCCCCUCUCUUCCAUCCGCGGCCCGGACAACCUCGGCCCAACCCUGAGCACCCCUCACCCACCCACCUCCGGCGGCGGCGCCGCCGUAGGGACGAUGCUCCCCAGCUCCAUCCAGAUUUCAGGAGAACCGCUGUCAGGCGCCGAGGUGCGGGACAUCUGCCGCGGCCUGCGCGACAACGCGGUGCGCCUGCUGUCACUGCGCGGCUGCCGCCUCUGCGACCGCGACUUCGGCCGCAUCUGCCGAGCCCUGGCCGGGGCCACGUCCCUGGCACAGCUCAACCUUAACCUAGGCGUCGUGUCCAGCCCCAGCCGCAUCAAGCAGCUAGCCGAGGCGCUACGAACCAACCGCUCUAUCCAGUCCCUCUUCCUGCAUGGGAGCCCGCUGACAGAUGCGGGGCUAGCCUUGCUGAACCCAGCCCUGGCUCUCCACCCUGCCCUCGUGGCUCUCGACUUGGGGGACUGUAUGCUGGGUGAUGAAGCCGUCAACCUCAUCUGUGGCCUCCUCCCCCCAGACGGGGCCAAGUCUGGCUUAAAGGAGCUGACACUGAGCGCCAAUCCUGGCAUCACCCCUAAAGGCUGGAGCCGCCUCGCCAUCGCAGUGGCCCACAGCUCCCAGGUCCGAGUGCUCAAUCUGGACUACAACCCACUGGGUGACCAUGUGGCAGGGAUGCUGGCCGUAGCUGUGGCCUCAAGCCGCACACUAGAGGUCCUAGACUUGGAGGGUACAGGACUCACGAACCAGUCAGCUCAGACCCUAUUGGACAUGGUAGAAAAUUACCCAACAGCUUUGCGGAGCCUGGUGUUGGCCGAGAACAGCAUUAGCCCAGAGCUGCAGCAGCAGAUCUGUGACCUCCUCUCUGAGGGGGAGGAGGAGGAAGAGGUGGCAGGAGGAGGGGCUGGUGACACCCAGAAAUGGGAGAGAGGCCGGGAGCCCGCUGUCCACCAGAGGGGUGGCAAAUCCUGGAUGUGCCCCAGUGAUCCCAGCUCUCAGAUGGUGCUAAUGACGUCAGGACUAGGGGACAGUCUGUUGGCUGAAACCGAGAUGUGACUCUUCACCUGGGCUUCCGUCGGUCCUUACGUUUGUCUAUGACCCCAAGACCUUCCCUCAGAUGUCAGAGGAAGAGCUUAGGGUUGAGAGGAGCUGGGGCUCUGGCAGUUCCUAGCAGUGUGGGAGGAGGCUCUGGAAGCUGUGACUUGGCAACAGCCUUGGGAGGGACACUUGAACCCAGGGCAUCGACUCUGAACUUGUUGGCAGCUCUGGCUGCAACCCGCUGGCUCGGAAAAGAUUUUAUAAACUCCACAACCUAG